UUGCUCACCCAAGGUCCCGUAGGGUUGACCCCUGACCUCUGCCACACAGGAGAAAUGUAACAGCUUUCAUGCAGAGGUCCUGGUGUGAUGGAUGCUCCUGCUGCGUGGGUGACACGCCGCACCCCAUGAUGUACUCGCCAGGAACCGGUCCUCAGAUACCCAGGUUCUGGUUGCUCUCCUGCAUCCUGGAUGCGUGAUAAUCUCCGUCCUUCCUGAUCAGCUGUGGGCAACAGGCAGAUGAUCAACAGCAGUCCUGCAGCCUCAGAGGAGCUGACGCGUCGCACCAGUGUGGAGCAGCUUCCCGUCUGCAGGUGACCCAUCAGACCGUGGUGGUGGUGCUGCUGCCCCAGGUGAGCCUGGUGUCCAGGGUGGUUCUGAUGCGAGGCAGGACUGGAUCUGUGAGCCAGCGAUGACAUCAUUGCUUUCUUCUGGCCCGUGUGGUUGUUGGCCUGCAUCAGGGCCAUGCUGGACGAACAACCCAGGAGCCCUGCCUGCAGCGCAGAGGGAGAGGGAGUCAUGGAUGAAGAUGCUUGGUUCCUGUUCCAUACUCGAGCCACACUCAAAAAAAAAACCACAGCACGGCUCUCCUGCUUAGCUUCAAUCUAGAGAACUGUGGCUGAGCUCAAGGUUCCUCAGGUGAGGGCUGAGCAGCUACCAUCACCAGCAGCAGCAGGGCCUGACAGGAACAUACCACCUAACGCAGAAUCUCUAUGAACGCAACAGCGAGAUGCUUUGAACUCCCACCACAAAAGAUCAAGUCGCCUCACAAAGAACAUCUCCCUCACUUCCAUCACAGCUUCUGGCUCAGCGCCGCUGAAGAACCCGCUCACGGUCCACAGGCGACUCGACCGGGCUCCAGCGCUGACUUGGUUUCUCGCCAGGCAGGAUGGUACCGUGUGAAAGGAUUUCAACCGAGAAGCUCCAGCGGCUCUCCGUGGGUCCGACUGACCUCUGACCUGUUUCUGCACAGCUCCAGAACAAGAUUUCGUGGAUCGCGGGUGAACAGGCGAUCACCGAAGCGGGACGAGUUGGACUAGUUUGCGGGACGGUUGUUUGUAGCAGAGAAAGUCCGGCCGGACCUCCGGCUCCCCCACAACAACAGCAGCAGCAGCAGCAGCAGCGAUGCUGCGCCCCACCAUCAGCGCACAACCCGCGGCGGGAACAAACGCUUCUGCGGCGCAGGAGACUGCGCGAGUGACAGUCCAGAGGUCUCACCUGAGCUGGCUCUCGCCUGCGCGGGUUCUCACCUGAGUUACUUCGGAAUGGGCAGAAUUAUAGUCUUCAGUUUACAAACACUGACAGGAAGUACGACCGGAAGUACUGUGGAAACAGCGCAGUGAUUGGGCGGACAUUGGGUCACGUGGCUGCGCCGGAGCGGCCUCUCGACACCGCCAUGUUGCUAAGGGAAUGGCGUUUUAGGCAGGACUUCAGAAGCGUGUAAUGGCUUUUUAAAAUGAGCUUCCGCUCGCUGCGUGUUUUCUCUGGCUGUAAUGACAUAGCACUAGACACGGACGCCUUUGUUUCAUGCCUGCCCACCAACGCUCAGUAUCGUGUUGUUUUACCUGCGUGUAUCGACACAGAAAAGUUGGUGUGCUCCACUUGUGUUCAGAACCAGCUCUCCCGCGGGUCAGAAGGCUCCUGGCGCCGGGCCCCCCACUCCCCUCUCUCAAGUCCGUGGUUCAGUCCAGACGCUCUGGGUGAUGCCAACUUCACCUGGAUGCUGCCAGAACGUCCCGGUGCGUGUGGGAGGGGCCUGCGUUACAUCACUGGCCUCAGCAUCAGUCGCACCACCAAGAGGACGUUCGGCAUCCACUGCGAGGUCGACCAUGACGCAGGGCAAGCUGUCACUGGCGAACAAAACCAGCGGCGGGUCCUCAGACGAGCACACGCUGGUCCCUCCGGCUCCGCCCAGCUAUGAGGAGGCCACGGCCGGCACCAGCACCCACCCGUGCUACAAUGACCCGGAGAUGUUGAUGGAGUUCUCCUGGGACGACCAGGGCAUCAGGAGGGUCUUCAUCCGGAAGGUCUACUCCAUCCUGAUGGUCCAGCUGCUUGUCACUCUGGCUGUAGUGGCUCUCUUCACGUUCUGCCCCCCGGUGAAGGCCUACAUCCAAACCAACCCGGGAUGGUACUGGGCCUCCUACGUCGUCUUCUUCACCACCUACUUGACCCUGUCGUGCUGCUCGGCGCCGAGGAGGCAGUUCCCUUGGAACCUCAUUCUCCUCGCGGUCUUUACCCUCUCGCUCGCCUACAUGACGGGCAUGUUGUCCAGCUUCUACAACACCAAGUCUGUGGUCAUGUGUUUGAGCAUCACAGCGGCAGUUUGCCUCCUGGUCACCAUCUUCAGCUUCCAGACUAAAGUGAGUGAGAAUGUUUCUCACCAAGACCAGAUCACCAGUCAUGGAGGCUGCCUGGCUGCUCUCCCCCAGGUGGACGUGACCUCGUACCAGGGUGUCCUGCUGAUCUUCUGCAUGGUCAUGUUCCUGUCAGGGCUGCUGCUCGCCGUCCUGCUGCCUUUUCAAUAUGUUCCUUGGCUGGACGCCACCUAUGCUGUGCUCGGAGCCAUUUUGUUCACGAUGUUUUUGGCGUUUGACACGCAGCUGCUGAUGGGGAACAAGCGCUACAUGCUGAGCCCAGAGGAAUACGUCUUCGCCACCCUGAGCAUCUACCUGGAUAUCGUCUACAUCUUCACCUUCUUCCUGCAGAUCUUUGGAACAAGACAAGAGUAGAAGGCUGCUGAGUGUG